AUGGGCUGGUUUGAUGGACCAUCAUCGUCUGUUGUUUCUUCAAGCUCAAAUACCCGCCGACGCUCUCCAUCCCGGCGAUCAACGUAUUCGACGCAUCACCCCCGAGGCUCGGCGCCAUCAAUCUUCAGUUUCGGCGCCGGUGGUGGUGGCAGCCGUGUUGGGGGCAGCCAUGUUGGAGGCAGGUCAAGCCCUUCGGUGUUUUCCACAUCCUCAUCGUCGCGACGUGCACGGCCUCGCAAAGGCUUCGUCCAGCGUGUGGUCCGCUACAUCAAGCGGGUACUGCGUGACAUCUACGAUUACGCCCGUCAGCACCCAGUCAAAGUUUUCAUACUCGUUAUUGUGCCUUUAGUGACAAGCGGCGUGUUGCAGAAGCUUCUGUCCAUGGUUGGAAUUCGUCUGCCCAAGAGUAUUUUCGGUAACAUGGCCAAACCCGGAGAGGCCGGGAUGAAGGAAGGUCUGAAUGGAAUUAUGAACAUUGCAAAGAUGUUCCUAUAA